AUGCUUGACUUGGAAAGAGGCACCCCAGCAAUCUCCGUCAGACAGGGCGACGAGGAGGACAAUCGGUCGAGGAAGUCGAGUGUGGUGAGCCGGUUCAGCCUCCGCUCCUUCUCCCUCCGACCGGCCAUGGACAUGUCGAUCUUCCAAGCACGCAACGACGCGCCCCUCGAUACCUUCCAGCUCGAAAUCAAGCACCGCAAAAGGCUCUCCAAAGAGAAUGGCGGUCCCUCCAUCCUUCAAGCCUGGACAUAG